CCAGUGAAGCCCUCCAGUGUCUUCUUUUCUUCAUUUUUCCAGUAUCAUUUCCUAACGGCUGAAUGGAAGUGCUGGAGCGCGGUGAGGGUUGGGGUGGUAGCCGGGUUGUGGAGUUGAGAGGCUCUUCUAGCUCUGGAGCUCAGCGGGCUGUAGGUAUCGCGGAGCCAUGGAGGAGAGCUCUCAGCGCGGCCACUGACAGGAUGGCCACCCGGACCGCCGGAGGAAUCCCCGCGGUGCUCUCUCUGUGCUGGUUUUUGCUUCAUGUUCUGGGAGACGUUACACGGCAAGAUGGCUACUUGAAUUCUCUACAGAGUCCAGGCCCUCUGUCCUGCUCUGAGGGCUUCACAGAGCUCGGUUAUUACAAUGGCUCUGUGUCACAGACAGAAUCAGGCUUUCCCUGUUUGAAAUGGACUGAAUUCCCCGACUAUAUGCUGCAGUACCCAAACAGAGGGCUGGGCCAUCACAGCUACUGUAGAAACCCUGACCGUGAGGCGAACCCAUGGUGCUUCUUUAGGCAACGCUCUGGAGCUAUUGGCUGGGCCUACUGCGACUGCCACCAAGGUGCAGCCAGGCUUAUGGGAGGCCCAUCCAACAAGAGCGGUCGGCUGGAAGUUUAUCUGAACGGUCAAUGGGGGGCAGUGUGUGACACACACCUGACUGACCGAGACGCAAGUGUCAUCUGCCGGCAACUUGGGCUGGGAGAAAUCGGCACUGCCCUCCAGCACUCCUACUUUGGGCCUGGUUCUGGACUCUUCCAUUACGAACGCCUCGGCUGCUGUGGCAUUGAGAACUCGCUGGUAGAGUGCAGAAACAGGAAGUUUGUCUCCGGCGAUUGUAACCAUGGAAACGAAGCUGGAGUGGUGUGUGCAGCACCUGAAGGCAAUGGCACCCCCUUGAGGCUGGUGGGAGGUUUGGAAGAAUUUGAGGGGCGAGUGGAGGUGUAUCAUAAGGGCAAAUGGGGCACUAUCUGUGAUGACCAAUGGGAUGAUAUUGAUGCAGAGGUAGUCUGUAGACAGCUGGGUCUUGGGGGUGUGCCGAAAGCAUGGAUGUGGUCUCAUUUCGGCCAGGGCUCUGGGCCCAUCCUGCUGGACGGGGUACAGUGCACAGGAAAUGAGCUUUCUCUGGAGGAGUGUCCUCACAUGCCCUGGGGCCAGCACAACUGUGACCACAUGGAGGACGCAGGCGUGUCCUGCAACCCAUACACAGAUGGUGUGCUGCGUCUGGUGGGAGCAGAUGGACCGUGGGAGGGACGCCUGGAAGUGUAUCACUCUGAAGAGUGGGGCACAGUGUGUGAUGACAACUGGACUGAGCGCCAUGCCCAAGUGGUGUGUCGGCAACUUGGAUUCAGCAGAGGGCGAGCUGAGGUAGCUCCAGAUGGUGCAUAUGGAGAGGGCACAGGGCUGAUCCUGCUGGAUGAAGUGAAGUGUGAGGGGGGCGAGAGCUCCCUGCUGGAGUGUGAGCAUGCAGAGUGGGGGCGUCAUGACUGCUCUCACAGUGAAGAUGUGGGCGUACGCUGCGAGAGAGCGGUCGACACCAAUGACAUUCCUGCAGUUCCUCCGGUCUCAGGCCCUCUGGUGAGACUAGUGUCUGGAGAGAGUCGUAAAGAAGGCAGAGUUGAAGUCUUCCUUAAUGGCCAGUGGGGCAGUGUGUGUGAUGAUGGCUGGAAUGACAUCAAUGCUGGAGUGGUCUGCAGGCAGCUGGGCUUUAUUGGAGUGUCUAAGGCACGCUCCAUGGCCUAUUUUGGAGAGGGCCAGGGACCGAUCCACCUGGACAAUGUGAGGUGUGUGGGCACAGAGUCAUCCCUGGGUGAGUGUCCAGCUGAUGGGCCAGGCACGCAUGACUGCAGACACAGUGAGGAUGCAGGGGUCAUCUGCGAUUACGUCUCACAGCCAGCAGACGACAGCGCCAUGGCAAUGCAGUCAUGUGGCCUUAGGCCCAACACACAGCGCCGCAGGAGGAGGAUCAUUGGUGGUGACAAGUCGCUAAGAGGGGACUGGCCGUGGCAGGUCUCUCUGUGGCUGAGGUCUCAGUCCAAGAGGAACCAUCCGCUUUGUGGAGCUACUCUCAUCAACUCCUGCUGGGUUGUCACUGCUGCUCAUUGCUUUAAGAGGUUUGGCAGUGAUCCCUCACGUUACGUUCUGCGGUUGGGAGACUACCACACGGAGGAGAGGGACGACUUUGAGCGCACUCUUUCGCCUGAGCGCAUCGUCAUCCACAAAAAGUACCACAGCCAGGGCUGGGAAUAUGAUAUUGCCUUGCUGAGGCUGAAGGGCACAGACGGGAAGUGUGUGUCCUUCAACCCUCACACCAGUGCUGUCUGCCUUCCUGCUCAGAGUGACAGGAGGGCCAAGAGACCUGCUGCUUGUGUCAUCACUGGCUGGGGAGUUACAGACUCAGAGUACUCUCGGACCCUGCUGCAGGCUUGGCUUCCAUUGCUGCCUUCCUGGAAGUGUAAGAAACGCUACGGCAGCCGCUUCACUGGCCGCAUGUUGUGUGCUGGCAGCCUGUCAAACCAUCGUCGUGUGGACAGUUGCCAGGGAGACAGUGGGGGCCCACUGGUGUGCCAAGGCCAGGGUGGACGCUGGACGCUAACCGGGGUCAUUUCCUGGGGUCAUGGCUGUGGUGACCCCAGCUAUCCUGGGGUAUACACCCGUGUCAGCAGGUUCCUAAAGUGGAUUGAGAAGGUCACCCUGGCUCCUGCUUAAGUCUGAAAUUACAAUGGUGCUAUGGCUCAUUCCUUGUUAAUAUACUAUAUUUAAAAUAUGUGAAGUCUGUAAAGAGGUGGCUAAACUGUAGAGAUGGGACAAUACCGCUUGUUCUUUUCCGAUAUCGAUAUUGAAACCUUAAGUAUCGGCCAUUUCCAAUACCAAUCUUGAUGUUAUAUUUUUUUCUUUAACUAUUACUACACUUUAAAAUGAGCUGUUUGGAAUUGAAGCACUUCUCUUAAGAUGAGCAUCAUGCCUAAACUACUCAAACACUCUGCUUACACCACAGGAGGAAAUGCACAUCUAACAACAUCACAUCACACAAUGUGAGUGUGUGCCAUUUCAGGCUAGAUUUGUUACAGUAUUUAACCGGAAUCACUCUUUUUUUCCUCUGAUAUUUAUUUCUGAUGAUAUUGGCCCAAUGAUACCUGGUUUCAUAUCAGUGCCAUCUCUAAUAAAUUAGGGUGCCCUGUGAGGAGAGCUGACCUCUUUUUGCACGUUCACCAGCUCAUAUACCAUUUUUACUUCUACUCGUUUGCGCUACAAAAGCCAUGAGGAAAGAGGCAAUGACAUAUCUCAAACACAUGACUGACAUUCUUGAGGUACAAGCAUACUGAAUGUGCAGAAUCCUUAAGGUUGAACUUGCCUUGAUUGACAAGACUGUAUAUACAGGCUGUAUAUAAAACCAUGUUGAACUACACUGCAUGCUAUAAUAGUGAAACACUUGCAGGUGUUUUUGAGUCUUUAAUUUGUUUUAUAUGAAACUCAGUAUUUGUGACAAAUGGGUUUCAUGUUUCUGUGUGAAGGGUGGUGUCUGCAUUAAGCAUUAAAAUUCACCUACAUUCCAGGGCAGCAAGAAUACUUUAUUAGUCGUCAGUAUAAUUAUUCAUAAUAAUCUCUUUUUAGAGAUGCAGUAAUGUUAAAUGUAAAUGUACAUAUCUGUCCAUAGAAAAACAUGUAUCUCCAAAAUGGUAACUUUACAGGAAAAGAUAAAAACGUUCUUAACAUUUAAUGCAAGAUAAUAUCUAGAGGUUUUAUUUCAGGUGAUUUUAGAGCAUUUCUAUUGAUUAAUUCAUCAUGAAAUUUCAAGGACAGCUGCUAUGUUCAAAUGAUGAAGCAAAAUAAAAAUUGACAAAAAUGGAGAUACAUGUUUUUUGGGACAGUGAUGAUGUAAAUGUACAUAUUAUUGUGGAACCCAAGUGAAGCUGUAGCAAAACAAAAUCUAAUGAAUGUAAAUUGUACAAGGUUGUUUAAUAAUGCUACAUCAUGAAAAAAAAUCAAUGUGUUUACAAUAUGACGACAUAUUUACCAGGUUUAAUAGAUUUUAAGGAGCUAAGCUCACAAAUUACUGUGUAGCGUGAUGGAACACCUGAAGACCAACCCCAGGAGUAACAAUGAGUAUCUUGCGCCCCACAUAAAACCACUCUUAAAUUACUCAAUCCUGAGGAAAAACUUCUUUGAAUGGGGUCCAUUUAAGACUUAAUGUCCAUCUGUGAAGACAGUGGAGUAAAGAGGAGAACAGUCAUUCAUUAAUAUUACACCAGAACUGUGCUGGAAAGCGCUUUGUACUGUAUUACAUUAUCAGUCUUUGUUGCAAUGCAGAACUGUUUUUGUUGCCUAAUAAUGACUUUGAAUUGUAUUAUUUAUUUAAGUGACAUGUCAGUAGUAACUAUACUAAAAUGUUAUUCAAACAUGAGACAUAAAUCAUG